AUGCAGCACGGCGAGUCGCGCAUCUUGCUCGGCUUGACCCUCGUCGGAGCCGUCGUGCGCUACUGGAAGAUUGGCCGCCCUUCGAGCGUCGUGUUCGACGAGGUCCACUUUGGCGGGUUCGUCUCUCUUUCGCGCCAGUCGCGGUUCUUCAUGGACGUGCACCCGCCGCUCGCCAAGCUCCUCAUCACGCUCGUCGCGUGGGCCUCGGGCUUCCAGGGCGGCCAGUUCGACUUCAAGGACAUCGGCCGCGAGUACGGGCCCGACCACGUCCCUUACAUCGCCAUGCGCCUCCUCCCCGCCACCCUCGGCCUCGCCCUCAUCCCCAUGUCGUACCUCACCCUGCGCGCGCUCCAACUGCGCCCGGCGACGGCCCUCCUCGGCGCCCUGUUCGUCACGUUCGAGAACGGGCUCAUCACCCAGUCGCGCCUCAUCCUCCUCGACUCGCCCCUCAUCUUUUUCACGGCCCUGUCGGUCUUUUUCUGGGUCGGCUUCUCGAACGAGAACGACGUCGCGCGCGACCGCGCCGGCCGCGUCGGGCCCUUCUCGCGCCGGUGGUGGGCCUGGUUGACCCUGACCGGCCUCGCGCUCGGCGCCGUCGUGUCGUGCAAGUGGGUCGGCCUGUUCACGAUCGCGACCGUCGGCGUCUUUACCCUCGUCCAGCUGUGGCUCCUCCUCGGCGACCUGCGCGUCCCGGUCCCGCUCCUCGCGCGCCACUUUGCCGCCCGCGCCGCGUGCCUCAUCGCCGUCCCCGUCGUCUUUUACGUGUCGAUGUUUGCGAUCCAUUUCGCCAUCCUGAGCAACUCGGGCGAGGGCGACGGCUUCAUGAGCUCGGAAUUCCAGCACACGCUCCGAGGGCACGGCAUGGAGGACACGUUCGCCGACGUCAUGAUCGGCUCUCGCCUGUCGAUUCGGCACGUCCACACGCAGGGCGGGUACCUGCACUCGCACCCGGCCACCUACCCCGGCGGCAGCAAGCAGCAACAGAUCACGCUGUACCCGCACCGCGACGACAACAACAUCUGGCUCGUGCUCAACUCUACGGCCGACGGCUCGAUCCCGGACCCCGAGACGCACGCUCCGCCGCACCCGAUCCCGGACCGCACGACGAUCGUGCUGCACCACCCGUCGACGCACAAGAAGCUGCACUCGCACGACAUCCGGCCGCAGGUGACCGAGGUCGACUACCAGAACGAGGUGUCGGCGUACGGGUUCGAGGGCUUCGAGGGCGACGCCAACGACUUUUGGGUCGUCGAGAUCGACCAGGCCGAGUCCGAGGGCCGCGUCGCCAAGAAGCAGCUCGAGACGCUCCGCACCAAGUUUCGCCUGCGUCACGCCCUCACGGGCUGCUACCUGUUCAGCCACAAGGUCAAGCUCCCCGACUGGGGCUUUGAGCAGCAAGAGGUGACGUGCAACAAGAACCCGAGUCGCGAGAACGCCCUGUGGUACAUCGAGACCAACACGCACGCCAUGCUUCCGCCCGACGCCAAGAAGGUCAACUACCGCCGGCCGUCGUUCCUGCAAAAGUUCGCCGAGCUGCAGGCCGUCAUGUGGCAGACCAACCAGGGCCUGACGGACCGCCACGCGUACGACUCGAGGCCUCACAGCUGGCCUCUGCUCCUGCGCGGCAUCAACUUCUGGGUCAAGGACCACCGCCAGGUGUACCUCAUCGGCAACCCGUUCGUGUGGGCCCUGUCGACGCUCGCCGUCCUGUCGUACGCCGGCGUGCGAGGCCUGCUCAUCCUGCGGGCGCAGCGAGGGUACAAGGACUUUGCGCACUCCCAAGUCGUCUUCUACGACCGCGUCGCCACCUUCCUCUUCUGCGGCUGGUUCCUGCACUACGCACCCUUCUUCCUCAUGGGCCGCCAGCUCUUCCUCCACCACUACUUCCCGGCCCUGUACUUUGCGCUCCUCCUCACGGCGACGGCGUUCGACCUCGCGACGGCGCGCCUCCGGCCGCGCGUGCGCCUCGUCGUCGUCGGCGCCCUCGUCGCCGCCGCCGUCGUCGCGUGGUGGGCCCUGAGCCCGCUCGCGUACGCGGGAGAGUGGACCAGGGCAAAGUGCGACAGGGCAAAGACGUGGGGCAAGAACUGGGACUUUAGCUGCGCCGACUUUCACCCGUCGGUGCGUCCCUCGCCGUCUCUCUCUCUCUCUCUCUCUCUCUCUCCCUCUCUCUCUCUCUCUUGCGAGAGCGCCACUGACCUCGACUGUCUUCCCUGA